UUUUGAUGAGAUAAGUUUUAUUUUAUCUAACACUUUAUCACUUAUCAGUUUCUUGCAAAGUAGUGUUCGCAAGUGUUUUACGCAUAAUGGAUAAAAAAAUUGCUGUUGUUACUGGCGCAAAUAAGGGGAUCGGCUUUGCCAUCGUGCGAGGUCUUUGCAAGCGGUUUGACGGCAUCGUAUACCUCACUUCGCGUGAUGAAAGUCGUGGUCAAAAAGCUGUGGUGGAACUUCACAAGGAGAAUCUAAAGCCGGCGUAUCACCAGCUUGACAUCACCGAAAUCUCCAGUAUCGAGAAGUUCCGUGAUCACAUCGUGAAGGAACACGGCGGCAUCGACAUUUUGGUAAAUAACGCAGCAAUCGCUUUCAAAAACAAGGCAAAAGAACCGGCAUCAGUGCAAGCGGAACAAACGUUGUUCGUCAACUAUUUCUCUACUCUAACCUGUUGCGAGAUACUGUUCCCUAUACUUCGAAGAGGUGCAAGAGUGGUGAAUGUAUCGAGUUCCGCUGGCCACCUUAGUAACAUACCUAGUGAUGCUUUGAAAAUGAAGUUAAAGGAUCCAAACUUGACUAUACCACAACUGUCACAGUUGAUGCAGCAAUACAUAGAAGCAGCCAAGCAAGGAACACAGAUCGAGAUGUGGGGGAAUUCAUCAUAUGCCGUCUCUAAAGUUGGCUUGACUGCUCUGACAAGGAUUCAGCAGAGGAUGCUCCAGGAUAAAGGUAUAAAGGUGAAUGCAGUGCACCCAGGGUGGGUGGACACAGAUAUGUCCUCACAUAAAGGUCCACUUUCCAUCGACGAGGGUGCCAAAGCUCCUCUGUUCUUAGCUCUAGAUGCUGAUGACUCGUACCAGGGGGAGUUUGUGUGGUACAACACUAAGAUUGUCAACUGGUGUGGGGAGAAAGCCGAUGAGAGCUAUUAAUGCUCUAUGGAAUAAUUUAUAACCUCCGUUUUUGAAGUCAGUCAAAAAGGAACAGGAUUUGAUAGUAAUCAAAUCUUAUGUAAGUGUAAGUUUCUACAAAGAGAAAACAAAGAAAUUCUGACUCGGAUGGGACUUGAACUCACGGGUCUUAACAAGCCUGCCCAUGUGCAAUUCUUGUAUGUUUCGUCAUUAAGUGUGAUAAUUUUGUUCGCGACUGUACUUGUCUUGAUAAAUGUAUGACAUAGGUUAUGAUGAUUUUUUAACAUAUUUCUACAAAGAGAAUCAGAUCAAAAUUAUGAUGGUAGGGAGUACUAUUCCAUACGAGUUUAUUGAUAUUAGUUACAUACUGAAGUAUGCAAGCGUUCCCCAGAUAAUAGGUAUUUUCAAAACGUCAAGCCAGCGGGAUCAAAGAACUGCCUUUAUAACUUUGGAACCGUUGAAGUACUAAUUUCGGUAUUUUGCAGGGGGUGAGUACUAUUUCGGUACUAAUUUUUGGCGUUUAAAUCAAAGCGAAAGACCUUGUCGUUAACUCUCGCCAAAUUUCGCUCACCGUCAAGCUAGCAAGUGCAAUAAAACAUGGCUAUAAAUCCAAAACCGUGAUGGUACUAAUUUUUUUACAACAGGUACUAUUUUUUUCAAUAAGAGUACUAAUUUUUGGUAUGGUAAAAUUAUUUUUUCGUGCCCAUUUUUUUUUUGAGGCCACUAGCUUGACGCACACGUCAUUAAGCCGACUCGGCGCCGUCUAUCUCGGAUGAGUGCUAUAAAAACAAUAAUUUCUAGUUCAUACAUAAUAAUAAGUCUCUAGUUUCAACACUGUUGAAUUUUAGUUUUAAAGCUCUUCAAAUAUCAUUCCAAUUUCACAAAACUACAUUUUUUACCGACUUCAAAAAAGGAGGUUCUCAAUUCGACCAUAUAUUUUUUUUUGUGGAGGUACUUAUAAUACAACCAAUUAUUGUUAUGUUUGAAAUAAAUGUAUUAUUUUUAAAUAUUAACAUUCAUUUUUAAUACUUAUCAUCAGCACCACAUUUAAGCAUAGGCCUAGAGAGGUUCUCCCACCACAAAUGGGCAUAAUUGGUUAGAAAAUUGGGUAGAUGGAAAAGUGGGUACUUCAUAUAACAUAAGCUCACGACUGUAUCUCGAUUGGAGUAGUCAUUGGGGUAUUGGGGAACUUCAUUUUAUAUCAGGUGUGCUGAAAUUAGUUUAUGAAGAUACACUGGUAGGAAUACACAUCAUUACUAAUGGGAUAUAAUUAUAUAGAGCCAAUUAGCAGCCAGGCUUGGGUCUUCAGCAAUAGUUUACACAUGUAACCAUUGAAAAACAUUUUACGAUUAAAAUAUUUUUAUUAUAACCUUGUUAAGGCACUUAUGCUAGUUCUCCAAUUAUCCUUAUUCUAUCCUAACACUAUUACUGGACGAAUUAGCUGCCACAAUUUUAAAAUAUAUUUCAAUUGUGGACUUAAUAUUAUUUAUUUUUUUUUACAUAAAAAUAGUAGUAACAAAAUUACUUCACAUUCAUAAAACUUUAUCAUAAGUUUUGUAUUGCAAUAGCAUACAUUUAGGAUAAUCUUUUAGCCAUGUAUGUAAUGUGUAUAAUUUACAAUGUUUAAACAAUUAUUAAACUAAAUAAUACUAAUGGAA